AAACGAUUACAUAGAAUUUAUACAAACUUUUUUUAUUUUAAUAGUGACUUAAUCCUGAAAAGAAUGAGUUUUUGUGUUUUUAAUUUUUGUUUUCGUUUUUUGACUUGCAACUCGUAAAAUAAUUAAUUAAAUAUGGAUUUGAAACGUAAACGUGGAGACAAUUGGACUCGCCAGGAAAAGGAACUAUUUAUUAACAUAAUGAGACAUUCUUCUAGCAUUAUAGAAAAUAAAAAUACUGACACAGAUGCCAAUAAACAAAAGUUGCUUGAGUGGCAGAAAAUCGAAAGGAAAUUUAGACAAUUGAGUGGUACAAGCAGACAAAUUUCCCAACUGAAGGGAGUUUGGAGGAGAAUGAAAAUGACUGCAAAGAAAAAUGUUUCCCAAAAUUUAAAUCCUUCAGAAGAGGAUAGAACGAUAAUGGAGAUAUGUUCAAAUAUGGAGAAGAAUGCUAAUGAUCCAAUUUCUGUGAAAUAUGAGCAGCAGUCGGAACAAGAAAGUGUUGACAGUGUUUGUGACGAGUCAUUGUCUGAUAAAGAGGAUGUGACCGAAGAGGCACUAACAAUACCAACAGACAGCGAGGUACUCACUGUGGACAAUCCACCGAAUGUCGUGCCAAGGAAUGAUAAUAUCAAAAUUUUAUUAAAUGCACCCAAAAUACAGAAACAAAAGUUCUUUGGGAAAAAAGAAAGAUUUAGGAGAAUAAAAACCAGUCACAAGACUUUAAGUGACUCAAAUUUACUUAUAAAGGAGCAAAGUUUAAAGUUAUUACAAGCCGAGUAUGACUUGAAACUGAAGUACCAGAGGCGGGAGCUACAAUACCAAAAGGAAAAGCACAAGAUAGAACUUCAGAUAUUGAUGUUGGAGAAGGAGAAAAAGGAAUUGGAAAUUGCUGCUUUAAAAAAAAUAUAUUAAGAACAAUU